AAUUUGUGGGCAAAACAUUUUGCAGCCCUGUUACAGCGUGUCGGUAUUAACUUAUCGGCUAAACGCGUUUUUGGUAUUUUUAUUUGCAACGAUAUUUAUCGUCCUGCAUUACUCAUCUUUAGGAGCAGCAUCAAUGGCAGCGUUUCCUGAGUUUUGGCCCAGUAAUCCGCCGUGGGAACCUGCGUCUUAUUGAAAACCGUGGUAACUUCCUCUGUGGCGGCUAUCGCGCGUCAUGCAUCUCACUCAGCUGGCAGGUACGCUUAUGAUGGAUGGCCACUCGGGCAAUUCAGGAAGUGAGGGGAGCCCACAUGAAGCUGCUGGGCUAUACCGUCGCUCAUGCCAAUUAGUGGUUUGGCUCAGUGGAUCGUCGUGGAGCAGAUCAUCUUAUCUGAGUAUUGCAUGUCAGCUGGCUUGGCAGCCGCAGCAACGCAUUGGGUGGCCCGCAGUACAGGCCGGUUGCAGUUCAGGGUGCUAGGUGGAGCCCACAAGGAGCUGCUGAGCUGUUGCAUAUUUUGUUCGAGUGGGCGAUGCCGAUGCCGUCGCUCACUGCAAAUUGUGUAUUUAACCAGGAGGCCAUCGUGGGGCGUAUCAUCUUCUUGUUUGACCAGGAAUUGUUUGUAUGGGCGAUGCCGGAGCAGUCGCCCACUCCAAGUUGGGUAUUCAACCAGCAGGCCGUCGUGGAGCAUGUCAUCUUUUGGACAGCGCAUUUUCGUCGUGAUUUGGAAGCGUCCAGCGUCGUCUCUCACACGCCACGCAGCUUGGCCAGAAAUUGUUUGACUGGGCGAUACCGAAGCAAUCGCUCACCUCAAAUUGAGUACUGGGCCCAGUCGACCGUCAUAGGCGCAUCGUCUUUAUUUGCAGGACAGCACUUAGUGUCAUGGUUUGGAAACAUCCGUUGGCGUCUCUCACUCUUUAAUCUUAACCACUUGCCCGCCAGAAAGAUACUGACGGUGUCUUUAUUUUUAAUUUAA